CCUUGGUGUAAUGCGCAUGCGUUAUAUUGGGUUAUUAUUAUUUCCGGAUUAUAGGCCGGUGUGUUCAGACUAGGUUUAUUCCACUGUAUUCUGCAGAAAAUGGGGAGCUAUGAACAAGUGAAGUGCUUUGCCAGUUUACCGAGAACAACAAGAGGCAAACCACUAGUCCUUAAUGGAGACCCUAAGAACAAAGUCAACAUGCUGUACACCAACGGAAACAGCGUCAUAAUCAGAGAUGUUGAGAAUCCCGUAGUAUCUGACAUCUACACGGAGCACGCUACCCAGACGACAUGUGCUGCCUACGCCCCGAGCGGUUUCUAUAUAGCAUCAGGAGACAUGUCUGGUAAAGUUCGGGUUUGGGAUACAGUAAAUAAAGAGCAUAUUUUGAAAAAUGAAUACCAGCCAUUUGCUGGAGAGGUGAAAGACAUAACCUGGUCUGGAGACAGUCAGAGGAUUGCAGCAGGAGGACAGGGGAACCAAAAAUUUUCUCAUGUGUUCACCGCGGACAGUGGGAAUUCCCUGGGUGAUUUGAUUGGUCACAGUGCUGCAGUGAACGCCAUUAGCUUUCGUCCAGAGCGGCCAUUCAGGCUGGUCAGUGCCAGUGAGGACAACAGCCUCUGCUUCUAUGAAGGUCCACCAUUUAAAUUCAAAAUCUCUCUCAAGGACCACACAAACUUUGUAAAUGCAGUCAGGUAUUCCCCAAAAGGAGAAGUAUUCAUUAGUGGUGGUGCUGACAAAAAGGCUUUUAUAUAUGAUGGAAAAACUGCUGAAAAAAUUGGAGAGCUGGGUUCCCCUUCUGCACACAAUGGUGGAAUUUAUGCUUUGUGUUUUAAUGACGAUGGAUCACAAGUUAUCACAGUGUCCGGAGACAAAACAGCCAAAAUAUUUAAAGUCCCCAGCGGAGAAUUAGUGCAAACCUUUGAGAUGGGUAAAACUGUGGACGACAUGCAGGUGGGUUGUUUAUGGCAGGGGAACAGCAUCCUGACCGUGUCUCUGUCAGGCUUUAUCAACUACCUAGAUAUCAACAACCCCUCCACACCCAGGAGAGUGUUAAAGGGUCACAAUAAACCAAUCAGUGCCAUGGCCCUCUGUGAGGGGACUAUCUACUCAGCUGCUGGGGCCCAGGACUCCCAUAUCAGUAUCUGGGAUGCAGGAACCGGGGAGAAUGACCGGUUCACAGGAACCAGUCAUAAGAACCAGAUCCAGGAUAUGGUCAUCUCUAACGGAGACUUAAUCACAGUCAGUAUGGACGACACCCUCAAGUUCUCCAACGUGGGGACUAAACAGUAUGGAGAGUCCCAUAGCUUGGAGUCCAUGCCUAAAGCUGUGGCAGCAGGCUCUAUGUUUGUGGUAGUGGCUUGCAUCAAACAUGUGGUAGUUUUCCAGAACCGAGCUAAGACCUUCUCUAUGGCCGUGCCUUAUGAACCAGCCAGUGUAGCCAUGCAUCCCAGUAGACCACUGGUAGCUGUCUGUGGAACCACGGACAAGAAGAUUCACCUUUACAGUAUCAGUGAAUCUAACGGAGCCCUACAGGAGAUACAGGUGGUAGACAAUGAGGGCGUGGCGGGGGACAUGAUGUUCUCACCUGAUGGGGAGUACCUGGCCACAGCGGGGGCCGACAGAUAUGUCAGGUGCUUCAAACUUCCCGAUUACGAGCUGGUAUUUAGUGAUCCUACACACUCCGCCCGAGCCACGUGUAUUUCCUGGUCUCCCGAUUCCUCGCUGUUCGCAUCAGGUUCUCUGGAUCAGGGUAUUGUAGUGUGGAAACCUACAGCUCCUCACAGUAAACGCAGUCUGGUCAUUAAAGGUGCACAUAAGAUGAGUCAUCCUACGAGGGUUAGCUGGUUAAACAACGACACGAUUGUAUCCGCUGGACACGACAGUCAUAUUAAACAGUGGAGAAUUCAGUUCUAAUUAGACUUAAUUAAUUAAUAGACUCUCAUCCUAUUAACGCGUAGUAUUAUCAUCAUCUCUGUGGGGACUGUGACCAUAUUAGUGUGAAUGUGUUCAUAUCGACAGAAAACCAAACAACACUAUUUUUCUAUUACAUUAUGAUAAUGUUCUUACGUUCUAUUUAAAAGAUGACUGAUGACUAUAUUAUUGAAAAUAUUGAAUGAAUGCAUUUCUGUAUUUCAAUAAGUUAUAAGUCUAUGUAAAUUCAGGGGCAAUUGCUGCACAGUCAAGACAAUAUAAAACAAUGUGCUGUGAGCAAAUGUAUGUCAAUUUUUGUCUUGGACUCUCCAGGUUUUUCUUUUUUGUAUGUAUUAAGUACAUUGUGUAUGUAAAUAUAUAUUUUAGAUUGAUUCAUGGAAUAUAGAUAUUGUAUGAUUAAAUAUUUAUGAAAUAAGAAGUGCUAAAAAACCUUGGAAGUGUUUUAAAUGAAAAUUUGGAAGUAGGAUUAACACAAUCAUGUAUAUACCAGUAUUUAAUUUAUAAAUAGGCCAAAGUUAACAUCAGCAUGUAGAAAUCUAAAAAUUUGAAGUUUACGACUCCAUGAAUUUUAUUAUGAAUAGAUGCAAUAUUCUUGUACAUGUAUAAGACAUUCUAUGUGCAAUUCAUAAGUGUUUUUGAUAUAAACUUGUAUUGAUAAAACAAAGUCAUUACUUUGUUAUUGUGACUACAGUGUGAUGUACUACCUUACUAACACAUUUAUUUCAAUAUUGUGGGUUUGUUGGUUACUGAAAUAACUAAUAUUGUAAUUUUUUUAUGCAAAAGCAACAUUGAAAAACAUAAAUUGAAUAUGAGAAACCUUAGCUGCGCUUCCUAAUCAAAUUUUGCUGAUUCUUGGUGUUGAGAUAAUAUUAUGUGAAGACUCUGACACAUUAUUAAAAAGAGCUCAGUAAAAGUUGAUUUUAAAUUAUCCUCAGUCCUUUUAUUGUGUUUAUAAAUUAAUUGUCAUAUGUAUUAAGAUUUUUAUUUUCUUCAAAUAUUUAUUUUCUUUCCUUAGAUAUCUAUAUCCUGCACAAUCUUUAGUAACGAUAACAAAUAAAUCAUACGACAGAAUUUCUAUAUAUUACAAAAUAUCGAAAGAAAAUUUAUAUUUUUUGUUAUGUGUAUCAAGUGUGUAAUAAAAAAUGAUUUGUUAUUAUAUUGAAUCUACAAACAUCAGCAUGAUGAUGCAUUAGUUAAACUUUUAAGGAUUAAAAAUAUAUAAACUGAA